GUUAUUGACAGUUCUUCAACCUCUGACAAAAAAUCUGAUCAUUUAGCAGCUACUCGUGAUGAAGCCAAAUCAUUAAUAGAAGCCAAUCUCACUCCUACGGGGUCAAAAUCUUUAAAAUUUUCUGAUUUGGUAUCUACAGUUCAAAGACAAGACGCAAACAUACAUUUUAUACCUGAUCUCUUCAAACCUACAACUGAAUCGACCGAGAUCACAGAAUCUCUAGAGAAAAUUGAAGUGCGCAGAAAUCGAGAUACAGAGGACGAAACAUCAACUUCAACUCAGUCAUCUGAGACUAAAGUUACAACUACAUCAGCUACACAAGAAGAGACCACAGCGGACACCACUGCGUCGACUGUUUCAGAUGCAACAGAGCAGGAUGAAGCAACCACGUCAUCCGAACAAAGUGUAAUAACUGCACAAGAAGAGACCACAACGGCCACCACUGCGUCGACUGUUUUAGAUACGGCAGAAGAGAAUGCAGUAACUACGUCAUCCGAACAAAGUGUAACAACUGCAGAAGAAGGGACUACAAUGUCCACGUCAGAUACAAAAUAUGAGGAUGAAGCACUAACCAACGCUUCGCCCAUGCUUCAAGAGCCAGGCAUAGCAGCCGGCCAAGAAGUUGAUGCAAGACUCACCACUGCGCCACUAAGCGUCUGA